CCUCCCUCCCCCUUUCUCUCUCUCUCUUCCCUCUCCCGCUAUCUCCCUCUCUCUCUCACCCACACCUCCGCAGCAGCGCCUCAGCCACCUGCCCCCCUCGCGCCCCCCAAUCCCUGCUCGGCUCACGUGCCUCGCAGCGGCCGCACCUGGGUCCUUGCGCGAGGCGGGGCGACUCCGCCCUCUCUGGCCGGAGGCUCCUCCCCCCGGUAUAAAAAGGCCGGCCGGCUCCGCGUGCAGAGCCAGACUUGCCGGGCAGCAGGUGGCGCCGCCAGGUGUGUUGCUCCUCCUCCUCCUCCCUCGCCCGCUACUCCGCCGCUUUGCCAUGUUGGUGCAACUCAAGACGGCUUUCCGGCAAGCCGGGAAGAUGCCCGGAGGGAUGUUGCCCAAACUGGAAGCCAACGUCCUGGUCAUCGGGGCGGAGAAAGUGGGGAAAUCGGCUUUGACCGUCCGCUUUCUGACCCGAAGGUUUAUUGGUGAAUACGGGAAUAUUGAAUCUAUUUAUAAUCACGACGUGAAGAUGGCCGGCCAGAGAGCAUCCUUUCGUAUCUGGGACUCGGCCUGCCCACAGGCAUCCAACCUCCAGAGUUACCUGAACGAGAAACACCUCCGCUGGGCCGACGGCUUCGUUAUCGUCUACAGCAUCUGCGACCGGGCCAGUUUUGCAUUUGCCCGUCGUCAGCUCCAUUGGCUCCAAUGUUCGAAGAGGAGGAACGGGGCAGGGAAGCUGCCCAUCGUCUUGGUGGGCAACAAACGGGACUUGGAGCACCAGCGGGCCGUCUCCAGCGAGGAAGGCCGGCUUUUGGCCCUGUCCACCAACGCUGGCUUUUUCGAAAUUUCCACCGCCGAGACCUACCAUGGUUCUUUGGUCGUCUUCCACGAACUUCUCAACUUGGUCCAGGAAUCGAAGAGUUUCGCUAAGAAGUCGGUCGGCCUCCGGGAGAUUGUCCGCAGGGUGUCGGCCCUCUUUGGCUUAAGAAGGACUGAGUGAAGCUUGGCUGGGGGAAAACUAAGAGCAAAUGUUGAAAUUGUUCUGACCGAGGCUUCCCAAGAGCCUGAAGCAAUCUUGUCCCGGCACAAAAACCCUUUUAUUAAUUG